ACCCGCGCAUUUUCCCCCACCCGAAAAUUCCAAAUCCCAUAGACAUUUCCCAACCUAGACAGCAAAGUAGUUAUCUAUAAAUGCCAGUGGCACCAUCAGCGCCUCAUCCUCAACUCGGUAAACCCUCAGUAACAAAAAGUCAAACACCCACGCAAUAUUCCCACCCGAAAAAUAGUAAAACCUCUGGUAAAGUGCUGGUUAGGUAGGUAAAAAAAAAGUCAUUGGUGUUGGUUGAGAGCUGGCGGUUGCCAAAGUCCCCUAAACCGAAACAGUUGGGGUACACCAUCAAGAAGAAUAAAAGAGAUCCCCCAAAAGAGAGAAGAAGAACUAAAAGAAAAAAAAAAAAGAAAGACUAGAGAAAGAGGGAGAAACAAGUGUAGUGAUGGCUGUGUGAGAGUUAACGAGCGGAAAUGCGAUCAAACAUGGAGAUGGCAAAUUCGCAGAGUCUCUGAGGCAAUUCUUUGACACACAAAUUCCCCCUUUUUGUUACUUCCAUUACCCCUUUAUUAUUUUAUACCUGUGAUUAUCUGAUUACCGUGGGUCAAACGAGGGUGAAGUGAACUACAGAAUUUACCAGAGGGAGAGGACAAAACGGGUAUAACUGAUACGCUGAGGCUAGGGCACAACGAAAGGGGGGGGCCUUUUUUUUAUUUUACAACGAGAGGGGAAAAAAAAAAGCAGUGAAAUACCCGAGAUAUACACACGUUGUCGGGCCAGCACGCGGCCAACGGCUGCAACAGAAUGGAACUCCGCGUCGGCAGUAGAUACCGACUCGGACGGAAAAUUGGGAGUGGUUCCUUUGGAGAUAUUUAUUUAGGCACCAACAUCUCCACGGGCGAAGAAGUCGCCAUCAAGUUGGAAUGCAUAAAAACACGUCAUCCACAGUUACACAUAGAGUCGAGGUUCUACAAGAUGAUGCAGGGUGGUGUUGGCAUACCGACAAUAAAAUGGUGUGGAUCGGAAGGUGAUUAUAACGUAAUGGUCAUGGAGCUGCUUGGACCAUCGCUGGAAGACUUAUUCAAUUUUUGUUCUCGUAGAUUUACGUUAAAGACAGUUCUUCUACUUGCUGAUCAAAUGAUCAGCAGAACAGACUUCAUUCAUAGUCGCCACUUCAUCCACCGUGACAUUAAGCCUGACAAUUUUUUGAUGGGACUAGGUAAAAAGGGUAAUCUCGUGUAUAUUAUAGAUUUUGGAUUGGCGAAGAAAUAUCGAGAUGGUCGUACACACAGACAUAUACCGUAUCGAGAGAAUAAAAAUCUUACAGGAACUGCCAGAUACGCUAGUAUAAAUACACACAUGGGAAUUGAACAAUCCCGGAGAGACGAUCUCGAGUCAUUAGGUUAUGUCUUUAUGUACUUCAACAUUGGAAGUUUACCAUGGCAAGGAUUGAAAGCUGCGACUAAAAGGCAAAAGUACGAGCGGAUAUCGGAGAAGAAAAUGUCAACGCCUAUCGACGAACUCUGCAAAGGAUAUCCUAUUGAAUUCAUGAAGUACCUAAGAUACUGUCGACAAAUACGUUUUGAGGAGAGGCCAGAUUACUCAUAUUUGCGACAACUAUUUCGCACUCUUUUCCAUCACGAGACUUUCACUUACGACUACGUAUUCGACUGGAAUCUGCUCAAAUUCGGUAAUGCAAGACAGCAGGCAUUGCCAGCAGCCCAACAAGCACCAACUCACCCCCAACCAGCUAAUAUACCCCUGUCAUCUGGAACGAAUAACGAGCAAGAGCAUCCAUCAAGAAUGUACACCCGUCAGUGCCUCGCAAACGCCUCAGGUACAGCUGGUGCAACAGUGAGUACAUCGGGACGUCGUCAGAAGCACGAGACUGAUCAGGAGGAUACCCCAGAUAAGAAUGAUCUCCAAGGUAAAAUACAAUUCUACCAAAAGUUGUCCUCUAGCCACCAGGAGCUGACAGCAGGCCCUAAGCCCACGUCAUCCAAACAUCCAGCAAGUGGUCCUAGUGGUGAUGGUGGUGGUUUACCACUGGGACAAUCACUAACACCAGGUCGACAAUACAAAUUCAACACAUUCAAGCUCACCCAAACAGCUCAAGCACAAUCAACCCCCGAUAAUCUCGAUAUAUCCGGUAUUUGUAUUGGACAGAUUGACAAACACAGGGAACAUAUCAAUUACAACUCCCAGCGUUCACACAAUUAUUACCAAUCAUUUAUCAAACGUUUACCCAAUGAUAACGCGGAAACACGUCGUAUUGAUAAGCAGAGUUAUUUUUUUCAUGGGCAUAAAACUGAGAAAAAUUUAAAUUCCAACGUAAAUGCUAAAGUAACGGUGGGAAUGACAAAUAAUUAUCGAGAUGAGGUUGAUAAUAUCAAUGAUAUCGAUAAUAUCGGUAUCAUUGACACAACUCUCACUAGUUUCUGCGAUCCUGAAGAGCCCGAGGAGAUUAAAAAACACGAUAACGUUGAGUUUACGGAGCUCGAGGGUGAGAUAUUUAAGAAAACUCCAAUUCAAUCGAAAUCCAAAGGCUGCAAGAGCCUGGAGUCCCUAGACAGCACCGAUGACUGGCCUUGCAAGGACGCCAAGAGUCUCGAUGAUCUCCACAAGUCACCCCCAGGAUACUUCACACGUAAUAAAUCAUACAGAACAGUUGACUCAACGACAAAACGAAAGAGGACCAACAUAUUCCAUCGGAUUGGCCGUUCCCUUCAUUUUUUACCCCGAGGGAGGAAGAACGACGACAGGGGGAGUCCCCCAAAGGGCCAGGAGCAUCUCCACGAUAAAUCCGAUGAGUAUUUUUUGAAGAAAAAUCAGGACAAGCAGAUGCAUUUUUUUGAUGUACCCAGGGGAGAUUUUUUUGACAAACGCAGGCAAAAGGUGAUGAGUGAGGAGGAGGACGAGGUCCUUCUGAAAGAUCUCCUUGGUAAUUCAGUGGUGGAGAGGGUUGAGAGGUCCAAUGGGGAUGAUUAUUCAUUGGGUACCAGUGCCAAUAAGGACAGCUUGGAGAUUGGAUACUCAAUCAGUCAAUUUGGCAGACUUUAUCUUCAUAAUGUACGCCAGAAUGAGGGAUGGACUCCUGGGGAGGGAAAGGGUGAGACGGUCAGGGCUGAUUGGAUUAAUCGGAGGGAGGAGGAGAGAAACCGAGUGGAGUGUUACAGAGAUAUCAAGCCUCAGGGCAAUCUUGAUAUUAUCAAGGGAAUUCUUCUCGAUCUUUUUGUCUGCAUUUGUAUCUGAGAAUAUCUACCACCGUUACUUAUUUCUCAUUUAUUUUCUUAUUCUUCAGUUUUAAUCGUGGGGAUAUCCUCCUCGCAACCCUCGGCACUCAGAGAUUGAGGGUAGGAGUCCUCUGGGGGAUCCAAUUAAAUUCUCGUGAAUCUACGGUUAAAUUUCACCAUUACAUCCACGUGAAACUCAUUUUCAGGGGUGGGAUAAUCGAUUUUUGGUGGAAACACUUGGCCAAAACACAUUUAUCGGUGAAAUUCAUUGAUUCAAUGAACAAGUAAUUUUUUAAUGAGGAAAAUUAUAAAUGAGGUACUCCUUGUCCGGUUGUCAUACCAUUUUUUUUUUAUUAUUACCAAUCAAUACACUUGUGUUUUUAUUAAUGCAGUACGCGACUUAUACCAAAUUAUACCAUUAAUACGUUCAAUAGAUAAUAGUGCAGUAGUUAAAGGUAAUUGAAACAAUGACGUACAUCUGACUAAAUUCUCACACGACUGACUAGUAAGUGAUCAUUUUGAAAUCAUUUUUUAAAACGAUAUUGUGACGACGAGACUGAUUUAUACAGUCAUCAGUUCUUUAUUUUAAAACUUGAGACUGCGAAAAUUCUGAUAAUCUCAUUAUUUUAGUUAUUAGUUAACGCCAAUUUGGUAGUUAUGAUUAUUUGAAAUCCCUGUGUUCACACUUUUGAUACGUAUUUACACGAUUUUACUCGUAAUUUAAGGACUAGUGUGCGUCGGUUUAGGAUUCUGGUGAAAUGAUUAUUAUAUUCUGUUUUUUAAUGAAUAUUUCCAAAAUUUUCGAUCAAUCGGAUAAAUUUGGAAUUUAUUAAUGAUUUUAGCGGUGAUAAAUAGUCAUGAAGUGCCUUACGCGACGAUUUUAUUGAAAUCACGAUAAAUCUCUUCAUUUCACCUGUUUUCCUGAAUUUAUUAAUUUUCUCACGAUUGAAUUUAUCGAUGAAAUGUCCCUCUUAUUUUUAGGGACGCUCUUAUGCCAUUUGAUCAAUGUAAUACUUUAUUAGGAAGGAUUUUUUUCACUUUUAUUUUAUCGAUUUAUUGAUUAUACAGUUCAUUAGGCAAAUGAAUUAUAGAAAUAAAUGUUUUUCCAUUCAAGGACUCGUCUAAUUUUAUUUCUCGCACACCAUGAAUUUUUAAAAGUAGAAUUGUGUUUUUUCUCACUUGGCUUGAAUGGAAAAACCGUUAUAUCGUGUAUCAAAUUGUUAAAUCAAUGGAUUGUCAUUAAUAAGUAUUUUUUAAUUAGAAAUUUUUCAUUUUAAGACAUUCACGUUUUAUCUAUUGCUGCUAUUUAUUGAUUAACGAUUAUUUUCGAUAAUUCACUUUUUGUCGCACAUUUCGUUGUCAUUUCCAUAGCCAAGCGUGAAAAAUUAUUUUAUCAUCCAUUUGUUUAUUAACAAUUGCGAUUGUCCAGUGGAAUUGUGAAGAGGGAUGAGUUUUAUCGUUUUAUUUUGUUUUUUUCAUUAAUAAUUUU